AUGCCGACCUGCACUUUUGUAACAGGUAACCCGAACAAGGUGCGCGAGGUGCGUGCGAUCCUGGGCACCACGAUCCCUGUUGAGAGUGUGGCAUUGGAUAUCCCCGAGAUCCAGGGCACGCUGGAAGAAAUCGCGCGAGACAAGUGCCGACGGGCGGCGAUGAUUGUCGAUGGCCCCGUUGUCGUGGAAGACUCCGCGUUGGAGUUUCGCGCGAUGAACGGAUUUCCCGGUCCUUAUAUUAAGGAUUUCUUGGAGUCUAUUGGCAAUGAUGGACUCAAUCGAUUGCUGCUGCCCUACGACGAUAAACAUGCAGAGGCUGUAUGCACGGUCGCCUUUACUGCAGGACCGGCUAUGGAGCCGCUACUUUUCCAGGGCCGACUGAAAGGCCAAAUUGUGCCUGCGCGUGGCCCUCCUAGAUUCGGAUGGGAGCCAAUAUUCGAGCAUCAAAGAGAAACGCUGGCUGAGAUGGAACACGAGAAAAAGAACCGACUCUCGCACCGCUACCAAGCGCUGUUUCAAUUCCAGGCCUGGCUGGCUCAGGAUGACAACCGAGCUACUUACCUCCCGGAGUCUCAAUUCCAGUCCUAG